AUGGAGUGGGGGCCGCUGCAGGCGAUUCGACCGUAUCUAGCGUCCCAGGAGGGCGCUCGUGAUGGCGAAGGGGACGCUAAGUACGUUGACGAUAGGCUGGCGCAGCUUCUGGGCGAAGAAGAGCUCACAGAGGCCGUUCGUGCGGCUUCUAUCGCCCAAUUGGACGCCGUCUUGAGUCACGAAGCGAUUACGGUCAAGCGCCUGCCGCUAAGCUUUUUAUUGCUCGUGUCAGCGCUGGCUACCAAGGUGGAACAAGCGGGACGUGAGGACGAGCACGCAGCCGAUGGGUUCAAAGUGUUGCUGCACGUUUCGCAGCUUUUUUGCGAUGUUCCAGUGGCAUUGGCUAUGAAGGAGAUGAAGAGGAUGAGUGUGCUGUGUGACCGGUACACGAGACUGGCUGUGGCCAUGCAGCAGAGCAUAUCGACUGUUUUCGCGCUCAAGAGCUUCUUACACCGCUUCCACGAGCAAGGCUAUAUGGCGCUCACGCCGCUGCAUGCUUUGUUUUUCUAUGUAUGUCUACAUGCCAAGUGCUACUUUGCAGCUACGGAGGUGCUGGACGAGACCUUGGUGGAGAUCUAUGCUCACUCGCAUCUUGUCAAUUGUGUCGACUUCUUGGGCUAUGCGUACUAUGGCGGACUGCUGUAUAUCGGGAAGAAGCGAUAUCAGGACGCGCUUGACUUUCUUCAGCUUGCCAUCACAGCUCCUGCUGUGUCGCUCAGUGCAUUUGUGAUUGAAGCGUACAAGAAGAUGGUACUGGUGAUGCUCAUUCUGCGUGGCGAAGCAGUAGUGUUGCCAAAGUACACGCCAUUUGUGGUCACGCGUCACGUUGAAAGUCAUUGCACGGCGUAUACUAGUUUAGUCAAUGCCUUUGUUGUUGAGAAGGACAUUGAAGCCGUACAGGCGGUCAUUGUCAAGAACGAGCAACUAUUUGCUCGAGAGGGCAAUUUUGGUCUCGUGAAGCAAGUCGUACAUGCGUUCAAGCAGCGAAAGGUUCUUCAACUUACGCGCACAUACGCGACCAUUGAGUUGACCGAGAUUGCGGCAGCUGCAGCAAUCAAUAGCGGCGAUGCGGUGGGCACCGAGAAGAUGCUGUUGAAGCUUAUAUCCAGCGGCCAGAUGGAUGCUGUGAUCGACAAGCAGAAAGCCAUGGUUCGUUUUGUACAUGAGGGUGAAGGCGGCAGCGCAUACAAAGACGAACUGCAGGGUGAAGCAACUAAAAAAUUACAGGAAGAGAUGGCGAAACUCGUAACGGUGGCGCAGCAACUACGUUGCAUCGAUGCAGAACUCGUCACGAGCGCCAAAUUCCAGUCUCGUUUACAAAAGGACAAGGAUCGACGCUCGAGAACUAGUAUGCACAAUCAGCAAGGUGGCGAGCGCAUGAUCAUUGACAGUACCAGUGGCAUGGACACUAUGGAGUGA